AUGGCUGCCCUCGCCGGUGACGGGCUUUGGAAGCUGCUCGAAAGCGUCCCGUCCCGGUGCAUUCUCGUUUGCGGGCUCGUCGUCUUCCUGACGGCUGUAUACACGCAGGUGGUGAGUCGAGAAGCGACGGCCAAGAGACAUGCUGGCACGCCACAAGAAAAGACAUCUCCUGCGGCAGAUGCUGCGCUGGAACCCUUGCCGGAUCUUGAUUGGAAAGCAGUAGAGCCUACCAAGUACAUGCCCGUCAAGCCGGUGUAUCACAUAACCAUGGGUAAAACCUUGCUUUUCCUAUGCGUGCCCAACCUCGUCCCGUGGUUGGCGUCGCCGCUGACAGCCUCGCAAGCACUUCAGCAAGACGCGCCCUCCAACCUCGUCACCGUGGACAGGGACUACCUGGACAGAGUCACGCUGCGUCGCAGGUUGAUUGAGCAAAAGGGCUCGACUGUUCACGGCUGCCUUGCCCGCGGCAGAGAAGCAGUGGCAGAAGUGUACUCGUAUCUUCUCAAGGACCAUCUCCCGGUUCGCUAUCCCACAAUGUUCAGGCUAUCUGCCGACCGUUCCGUUUUCCAAAACAAGGUCACUGGGAAGUCGUUUCCUGCGGAUCCACCCGCCGACUGCGCGGCUGGCCUGCGCGCCUUGGGCGAGACCAUAGAGGAGGACCUGUUUCUCCUGCACGGCACGCCUGAUGGCCAUCUUUGCGUGGCGUUUGUGUGUUGUUUUCCGGCGGGAUUCGACCCCUCGGCCAAGAUGGGCCGGCUGCUCAUGGACAUCCACGCGCCCGUUCCGUCCUAUGGCAAGAUUGGAUCGAGCGUGGAGCGGUUUUUCGCGAAGCUGCAAGUCGGAAAGAGCGUCAAGAGGCUGAAUUGGACCGUGCAAACAGACGACGAGCUAUGCAAGCUCGGAAGCCACACCCACGAUGACAAGGCAGCCGGUCCGGACAACAACAGGAGCAUCGACAUUGAAAAAACCUUUGUACGCGUCGAGCUCCAAACCCUCACUCGCUUGCCCGAAACGCGAGCCAUUCUGUUCUCGUUCAAGACGUACCUAUACAGCCUCUGUGAGGUGAAAAGGGAAGGCUCGGGGCCCGAGUUGGCAGACGCCAUUGAAGGAUUGCAAUCGGGCAACGCGCCGGGCAUGUGGAGUUACAAGUCGGCUGGGCGCUGGGCAAGGACGGUGUGCGAAUAUCUGCGGUCGUGA